CUGCAGCUUUCUGGGCAGUCCAAGAUGGCGGCGCGCUGGAGCAGCGAGAAUGUUGUGGUGGAGUUCCGGGAUUCGCAGGCGACUGCAAUGUCUGUGGACUGUCUUGGGCAGCAUGCAGUGCUUUCUGGACGCCGCUUCCUCUACAUCGUGAACCUAGAUGCCCCAGCGGAAGGCCACCGCAAGAUCUCUCGCCAGAGCAAGUGGGACAUUGGUGCUGUGCAGUGGAAUCCACAUGACAGCCACGCACACUACUUUGCUGCUUCGAGCAACCAGCGCGUUGACUUGUACAAAUGGAAAGAUGGGCAUGGAGAAGCUGGCACUUCCUUGCAAGGGCACACACGCGUCAUCAGUGACUUGGACUGGGCCGUGUUUGAGCCAGAUCUGCUGGUUACCAGUUCGGUUGACACAUACAUCUACAUUUGGGACAUCAAGGACACUCGGAAGCCCACUGUCUCACUUUCUGCAGUCGCUGGAGCUUCCCAGGUCAAGUGGAAUAAGAAAAACGCCAACUGCUUGGCAACCAGCCAUGAUGGGGAUGUACGCAUUUGGGACAAGCGGAAACCUGGCACUGCUGUGGAGUACCUGGCCGCCCACCUCUCCAAAAUCCACGGCCUGGACUGGCACCCAGAUAACGAGAACAUCUUGGCCACGUCCAGCCAGGACAACUCCGUCAGGUUCUGGGACUACCGACAGCCUCGAAAAUACCUCAACAUCCUGCCCUGUCAGGUUCCAGUCUGGAAGGCCAGAUACACGCCUUUCAGCAAUGGGCUGGUGACCGUGAUGGUCCCCCAGCUACGACGGGAGAACAGUCUUCUGCUCUGGAAUAUCUUCGACCUGAACACACCAGUUCACACCUUCGUAGGGCAUGAUGAUGUGGUGCUAGAAUUUCAGUGGCGGAAGCAGAAAGAAGGCUCCAAGGACUACCAGCUGGUCACAUGGUCUCGAGAUCAGACACUGCGGAUGUGGCGUGUUGAUUGCCAGCUGCAGAGGCUGUGCUCCAAUGACCUCCUGGAUGGGGUGGACGAGCUCAUCGAUGGGAUUUCUCUCCUGCCAGAGCCAGACAAGCCCCUGCCCGUCCAAGACUCUGAGCCCCAGCAAAAUUUCAACCAUGGAGAGGAGGAAGCCUUGAAAGAAGAAUCCCAACAUAGUCUCCUGGUGGGGAAGAAACUGGACCAGUUGGGCCUGCCACAAACGUUGCAGCAGGAAUUCUCUCUGAUCAACGUGCAGAUUCGAAAUGUGAACAUGGAGAUGGAUGCUGUCAAUCGUAGCUGCACAGUUUCCGUGCACUGCAGCAACCACCGGGUCAAGAUGCUGGUGAUGUUCCCUGCACAGUACCCCAACAAUGCCGCUCCAUCCUUUCAGUUUGUCAGUCAGACAACCAUCCCCUCCACCAUGAAGGUCAAGCUGUUGAAGAUCCUGAAGGACACGUCCAUGCAGAAGGUGAAGCGGAACCAGUGCUGCCUGGAGCCGUGUCUACGCCAGUUGGUUUCCUGCCUGGAGUCUGUUGUGAACCAAGAGGAUAAUAAUUCCAGCAACCCCUACGCGCUCCCAAACUCAGUAACUCCUCCUUUGCCAACCUUUCCCAGAGUCUCCAAUGCUUAUGGCUCCUAUCAGGAUUCCAAUAUCCCUUUCCCACGUACCUCCGGAGCCCGGUUCUGCGGGGCAGGGUACUUGGUGUAUUUCACGAGGCCAAUGACAAUGCACAGAGCAGUCUCACCAACAGAACCAACACCUCGAUCCCUGUCAGCACUCUCUGCUUACCACAAUGGCCUCAUCACCCCCAUGAAGAUGCGUACGGAGAAUCCUGGCAAACUGAUCUUAUAUGGCGGAAGCCCCACACGCAGUGAGAAGGAACAGGUCUCCAUCAGCUCCUUCUACUAUAAGGAAAGAAAAUCCAGACGAUGGAAGAGCAAGCGAGAGGGCACAGAUGCCAGCAACCGGCCCAUCAAAGCCGCUGGGAAGGUGAUCAUUCAGGACAUCUCUUGCCUGCUUCCUGUCCACAAAUCGCUUGGGGAGAUGUAUAUACUGAACGUGGCCGACAUUCAGGAGACGUGCCAAAAGAACGCUGCCUCCGCUGUGACAGUGGGACGCAGGGAUCUUUUGCAGGUCUGGUCAUUGGCCACAGUUGCAACUGACCUCUGCCUUGGCCCAAACUCUGACCCAGAUUUGGAGACCCCCUGGGCCCAGCACCCGUUUGGCCGCCAGCUUCUGGAAUCUCUGGUGGCCCACUAUUGCCAGCUCCACGAUGUGCAGACCCUGGCCAUGCUAUGCAGCGUCUUUGAGGCUCAGUCCCGGCCCCAGGGAGCCCCGAUUUCCUCUGGACUCUUCCCGCCACGUUCCUCCAGCCACAGCCGUUAUCCCAGCUUUACCUCAUCAGGUUCCUGUUCCAGCAUGUCGGAUCCUGGACUCAGCACCAGCAGCUGGAACUUAGCCGGCAAGGAGGUGGAGCACACGGCAGGCUGGUGCGAAUCUUCACCUGAUGACUUCCGCUUUGGCAACUUGCCGUAUGCUGACCACCGAGACCGUGAGAAGGAUCAGCACGACAGGAACAAAAGGCUCCUGGACCCUGCCAACACCCAGCAGUUCGAUGACUUCAAGAAAUGCUACGGGGAGAUCCUCUAUCGCUGGGGCCUGCGAGAGAAACGGGCAGAAGUCCUCAAGUUUGUCUCCUGUCCUCCUGAGCCUCACAAAGGGAUUGAGUUCGGGGUCUACUGCAGCCACUGCCGCAGUGAGGUGCGUGGCAUUCAGUGUGCCGUCUGCAAGGGCUUUGCGUUCCAGUGUGCCAUCUGCCACGUGGCCGUGAGGGGCUCCUCCAACUUCUGUCUGACCUGCGGGCACGGGGGACACACCAGCCACAUGAUGGAAUGGUUCCGCACCCAGGAAGUGUGUCCCACUGGCUGCGGGUGCCACUGCUUGCUGGAGAAUACCUUCUGAAGGAGCAUCCCCAGGGCCUAAUUAACAGUGUGCUGAUUCUGUGAUGGAGUUGCUCUUGGAAAGCAAAGAGGUUUACUGUUCCCCCCAGGUCAUUUCUGGGAGAGGUGAUGGGUCAGCUUAGUUGCUGAUGGAGUUCUGUGAUCUCUAGCAGAAAGUCAGGCAAAGGGGGGGCUGAUGGUCGUUUAAGAGCCUCUCGCAAGCUCAUCUUAGGACUUCCUGCCUCGGCAGAGUCUUCCUACAGGGCAAAGAAGACAUAUGCAAAGGACAAUCAUCAUAGGCCAGUAAGGUGAAACAGUUCCUGAACCACAAAGGAAUCUCAGGUCUUGCAGCUAGAGCUGGAAGAGUGAAGUUUUGAAUGUUCGUGGGAGUCACUUGGUUGGAGACUUGGCAAAAAGCAUGCCACGGACUGGAAAUCAGAGGUGUCAGUUUUGUUCCGAUAGUUCUUUUCCUACCCCCCACCCCAACAGCCAUUCCUUGGCCUUGUAAUGUUCUCUGCAAAAAGAAGGAUCAAAACUCCCAGAGAGAGCUUCCUACGCAGAGAAACACAGCCUGCUUUUUGACAGCCUGAGUUGAAUUGAAUUGCUCCUUGUAAGAGGGAUGGUGUUGGAACAGAGCGUGAGAGCUGGACGGAAAUUUUCUGGGUGACAUAUUCCUGCUUCCUUUGGGACUCGGUGGCAGCUUCGUUUUGGGACACGGACGGGCCAGAACGAUUUGUUCCUUUCCAAACCUCCCCCCACUUCCAAAGAAAAGAAGCAGAUGAGGGUUGUUCUUUGUGGGCAGCCCUUGGACAAGCCUGCUACACUCCCUCCAUUGGAAAGGGUUUGACAGAGGUUCAAGCGUGGGAAUGGAUUAAAAAAAAUAAAAAGUAGGUCCACAAGGCAUGCGAAGGAGCCCUAACGCUUGCAGUGAGAGGGGCUUGUAGUUUUUUUUCAGGCUCCGGUAUCAGUAUCUGUGAUGCUGAAUUGCAUUCCAGCCCAGGAGAAUGGGUGAAGAGUUGCCUCUCUUCCAAGGAAAUGUCCCAAAUAUUCGUGGGUGAGGUUGGGGGGUCUGAGCUGAGCUCUCCCACUUUGGGCUUAAUCUGGGUGGAGGCCUGAGGACACCACUCAUGCCAUUCUUGAAGCUUUGUGGGGUGAGGAAGCAGGUUGUGCAUUUCCCCUUAUUUAAAACAAAUGUUUUAUAAAGUCCGUUUGCUCUUCCA